UCUGACACCACCCCUUCGGUGCAGAGAUUCGGCGAGGGAGCCCUCGCUGUAAACAAAUCCCUUUUUUACAUUUCGCCGGGGGACGGAGAAUUUGGAUUUUUUUAUAUGACAGCGGAAGGAGAAGUGAGAACGCACAUCAUGUAGGUUCAGAGGGCUUGGAUGAGCAAAAUUUCAGCACGCACAGAAUUGGCAUUUUACCACGUAUUGUUUAUCAAUGCCGUCUCUGACAAUUCCGUUGUGGUCGUUGUCAGGUUAUCUGUUUGCUCCCGCUUUAUGAUAUUUACACGCGCGAUGGCGACAGCCGCAGAGCACGAUCUCACCUUCGCCGAAACGGAGAGCAACAAAGAGAAAGAUCAAGUCUUCGGUAUCCUCCGGUUGCAAGAGGAAAAAUCGACGGAGAAAACGGCCACCACCAUGAAAGCGGGGGACGGGAGGUGGCAGGCGCCCAUUUUCGCCUUAGCUAGGAAAGCAUCGGAGACUUUUUCAGGAAGCAUUCAUGUUCUUCCCAAGGUAGCGGAGCAGAAAUCAUCACCUUAUUCAGACGACUGGGGUGCUAAGGCUUUUCGGGACCCCAUGACCAUGGAGCGGGCUAACCUGCUGAACAUGGCUAAGCUCAGCAUCAAGGGCCUAAUCGAGUCGGCCCUGAGCUUCGGCCGCACCCUGGACUCGGACUACCCCCCUCUCCAGCAGUUCUUCGUGGUCAUGGAGCACUGCCUGAAACACGGGCUGAAAGUCAAGAAGUCAUUUUUGGGUUACAACAAGUCGCUGUGGGGUCCCCUAGAGCUGGUGGAGAAGUUGUGUCCAGAGGCGGGAGAGAUUGCAGCGAGCGUUAGAGACUUACCGGGACUCAAGACGCCAUUGGGCCGAGCUCGGGCAUGGCUGCGUUUGGCUCUGAUGCAGAAGAAACUGGCUGACUACCUCCGCUGCCUCAUCACCAGGAAGGAGCUGCUGAGUGAGUUCUACGAGUCCUCGGCCGUGAUGCUGGAGGAGGAAGGGGCCGUCAUCGUGGGUCUGCUCGUGGGGCUCAACGUCAUCGACGCCAACCUGUGCGUGAAGGGCGAGGACCUGGACACACAGGUUGGAGUCAUUGACUUUUCCAUGUACCUGAAGAAUGAUAUUGAUGACUACAGGACUGAAGAAAGAAACGGUCAAAUUGCUGCUAUUCUGGACCAGAAGAACUAUGUGGAGGAGCUGAACAGGCAGCUGCAUUCCACAGUCCAGAGCUUGCAAGGACGGGUGGAGUCCUUGGAGAAGUCAAACACUAAACUCAUUGAGGAGCUGGCCAUAGCUAAAAAUAACAUUAUCAAACUACAAGAGGAAAACCAUCAGCUCAGAAACGAGAACACCCUCAUCCAGAUGAAGGCCCAGCAGCAACUGACGGCAACCCAGGGCGAUGUGGAUGUGGAGCUCGACACGUACAAGCAGUCCCGCCAAGGUCUGGACCAGAUGUACAACGAGGCACGUAGACAGCUGCGGGAAGAAUGCCAGCUCCGACAGGACGUGGAGAACGAGCUGGUGGUGCAGGUCAGCAUGAAGCAGGAGAUGGAGCUGGCCAUGAAGCUGCUGGAGAAGGACAUCCACGAGAAGCAGGAUACUCUGAUUGGCCUGAGACACCAGCUGGACGAAGUUAAGGCCAUUAAUGUGGAGAUGUACCAAAAAAUGCAGCGUUCUGACGACACCAUGAAACAAAAGAAUGACAUAAUUGCACGGUUGGAGGAGAAGACCAAUCAAAUCACGGCAACCAUGAAGCAGCUUGAACAAAGAUUGCAGGAGGCGGAGCGUGAGCGCUGGACCGCGGAGGACGGAGCCCGCAAGUUCAAGCAGGACUUUGCCAAUAAAGCAGACAGCUUGCAGCGGCAGAUUGCCCAGAGGGAGACGCAGCUUCACCAGCUGGAAACGGACCUGAAGAUUGAGAAGGAGUGGCGGCAGACCCUACAGGAUGACCUGGAGAGGGAGAGGGAGAUCAUCGCCCAGCUAAGCGCCGAGGCUCAGCAGAUCAGCGGGCUCAAAAAGGAGUUUCACAGGUUGCAGGAUGAAAACCGACAGCUGCAGAGUAUCUGUGAGGAGCAGGAGCAGGCGCUCCAAGAGCUGGGGUGUAAACUGAGCGAAUCAAAGUUGAAAAUUGAAGACAUAAAAGAGGCAAACAAAGCUCUUCAGGGAGGCCAGGUCUGGCUGAAGGACAGGGAUGCCACCCACUGUAAACUGUGUGAAAAGGAAUUUUCCAUCUCCAGAAGAAAGCACCACUGUCGAAACUGUGGAGAGAUCUUCUGCAACGCCUGUUCCGACAACGAGCUGCCUCUCCCCGCCUCACCAAAACCCGUCAGGGUCUGUGACACCUGCCACGCCCUCCUGCUGCAGCGCUGCUCCUCUAACGCUACCUGAGGGACAGGUGGGCCGGGACCUACAGCACACUCCCACUGCGCCCCCCACUCACCUGAGUUUUUACCCUCCUACCUGUGACUUUAAAACAAGCAGCCGCCGUAGAUUGCAGCCUCUUACAAGUGUCAAACGUUUACAUUAGGAAUGGUGAUCUGUUCGGAGGAAGGGAACAGUGUGUUUUUCCAUUUCAAACUGUGUCUGAAGUGCUUUGUAAGGAAAAUUUAUUUGGCAACUACCUGCGUUCUCUCCUACUAAAUUAAAACAUAUGUGUCAAAGAUGUAAAGUACAUUCCAAACACACAGUAUCUCUUAAAAAGAGGGGAUGUGCGCAUAGCUUGGAUUUCACUACAGAGAAUAGGCCCGUUGUGGGGUUCCACUGCUGGGGCAACAGGUUUGAACCUCAGUGCGACACUGCAGCUGUGUGCAAAGUCAAAGUGCAUGGGUAGCGCACAGGUGUGCACAUGGAUAAUGUUUAAACAUGCAAGCAGAGUUAGUCUGCUGAGGCUUUAAAGUAAUAAACAACUAACAGAACAGAACACUGAAACAGACAAAAUGAAGGAACUGUCCUGAAAGAAGGUGGUUUAACUGAACAGGAAACAUUAUUAAAAAUUCCUGUUACGACCCAUUUUACAUGAAAAUACAAAUUGUGAGAAGGAAUUAUACAAGACAAGGAUAGUCUGAAUUGCAAAAUUCACAUGUGCCUGAAGAAAAAAAAAAUCAGAUAUCAUCUUUUCCCUGCUGGCUGGAGGGAAAUCCGAUUUCAGAAAGACGUUUCUUAUUGGCGCUAAUAGUGCUCCCAAUGCUGCAUAAAAUGAAAUGCACGACAGCACAGCAACUGUGUUUUAUACUGAUUCUUUCAAAUCAAUUACUGA